CUACCAGUGUUAUCUGUGAUCUGUCAAGUUACAAUCUAUCAGAAUCUGUGUCAUCUUCUGUGGUGUUCUGUGGAUUAGACGCGCGAAUAUAACCUUCGAGUUGUGUACAAAUAUUUUGAUAAUACGGAAAGUUUUAUAACUUGUUCAGUGUCAUCUUACAACAUUUUUGUAUUUUAUCUUUCCUAAUAAUUAUGAGUCGUUCAUUAAAAGCCCUUAUCGGCCCUUCAAUACUUAAUGCCGAUCUAUCAAAAUUAUACGAAGAGUCCCAGAAGUUACUAGAUAAUGGAGCAGACUACUUGCAUUUGGAUGUUAUGGACGGUCAUUUCGUGCCUAACUUAACGUUUGGCCAUCCAGUUGUGAAAUGUCUAAGAAAAAAAAUCAAAGAUGCUUUUUUCGAGACCCAUAUGAUGGUUUCAAAACCGGAACAGUGGAUUGCACCCAUGGCUGAUGCUGGAGUCAAUCAAUACACAUUUCACAUUGAACCAGUAACCAAUGUUGAAGAUGUCUGCAGGAAAAUUAAAGAACAUGGAAUGAAGGUGGGUGUUGCAAUCAAACCUGGGACUCCAGUGUCAGAGGUAGAGAAAUGCAUAUCUUUAGCAGAUAUGGUUCUUAUAAUGACUGUGGAGCCUGGUUUUGGAGGGCAGAAGUUUAUGGAGGACCAAAUGACAAAAGUGCGAUAUUUGAGGGACCACUAUCCCACAAUGGACAUUGAAGUUGAUGGAGGAGUUGGACCUUCAACCAUUGAAUGCUGCGCUACUGCAGGUGCAAACAUGAUUGUAUCUGGUACUGCAGUUAUAGGAGCACCAGACCAGGCAGCCACAAUCAAAUUACUACGAGAUACUGUUGUACAGGCUAUCAAUAAAUAAGUAGCUUGAGAACUAAUACUAGUAAACAUUCUUAAUGUGCUAUAUGCUGAACCCAUUGACUUUUUUGUCAAUUUUGGUGUGUAGAACACAUGAUCUGUCUUCCAAAGUACAUUUUUAUAUUUGUAAAAAAAUAAAAUAUUUUGUCAUAA